UCUGCUGAUCAUGUUUCAUCACUUUGUGUGUUGCUCUGUUUCUCCUCUCCAAGUUCUUAAAAAAGGUUGAAUAUGGCAGCUGUUAACAGACCUCCACCAGCUCGUCCAGGACAAAUUGGAGGAAACCUACAUGCUCGCUCUAAUAGCAGCGUACCAACCUCUGAUCCACAAGAUCCAGGACUGCACGGCACUGGUCAAGACCCAGGACCCUCUUCCCACCCCCAUCCACACGCCUCUGCGCGGCCUGUUUUCUACGUCCAUGCGCCACCUCCACCCCCUUUCCUCCACUACCAGUGGCCCAUGCCCUUUCCCUAUAAUCCCUUUGCUGGCUUUCCAGGCAUGGGCUAUGGUAUGGUCAUGCCCCCAUUCCCUCCUCCUCCUCCCUACAUGGAGGCUCCAGCCUACAUUCUGCCCCACCCUCACAUUCAACCGGUCGACUACAGACGUUUGCUCCACCCCCCUGUCCACGCUUCGUCUGCACCCUACCAGAACCCAAACCAGCCUCGAAGAACUCGCCCACCUCACACUUUCCCUGUUAGAGAAACUGUGAACUCUGAGGUCCAAACUGAACCCACACAGAGAGGCUUAGGAGGUUACAGUGACGGAAGCCCACUCGUCAGCUCUGAAUCGGGGCAUGGAACAGCCUCAAGCUCUCCGUCCUCCUCAAGUUCCAGCUCCCAAAAACAAGGCCCCGCCCAGGUCGAGAACUACACAUUACCCAACAGUCAAGCAAGAGGCAUCCAAGGUAAAAGGGCCACAAGCAGCACAGUCAAACACAUCCUCAAUCCUAUCAAAGCAACUCUGGAAAGAGAAUACAGGAGAACACAGAAGAGUUGUCAAGACAGCGUUGGUAAAGAGAAUGUUGCCCCUUGCCGAACCAGUCACUGCAAUAUGUGGUCAGUAAGUUCUCCAGAUAGUAUGAUUCCUGUAUGUAGCUCCUCUCAACAAGAGGAUGAGGUUGUGAAAGAGAGGCGUGUCUCUGUUCCUGACAUUCUGAUGAGUUGGGGGGGUGGCACACCACAGGAAAUGAUGACAAAAAUUGCAGAUAGGCUGCCUCAGAAUGACCACCAGCUGCCAUCUUAUGAAACAGAAGUGGAGCAAGGUAAGUCUGCUUGCCAGAGUCCUGCCAAAAAUGGUCUAGUGGUUUCUGAAAGUGCUAAUGAUAACAUAGAGGUUGACUUAAGUCAUAAAGACACUGCAACCCUAUCCAAAGUCCUUGAACUGAGAGAAGCUCAUGAAGCGCAAGAGACAGAAUCCAGAAGAGAAAAUGAGCCUGCCAGAAUGGUUGGCUCUGUAGGGCAUUGCCUAUCCUCCAGAGAUGAACUCCAAAAUUCACUAAACAAAACUCAUAAGCUUCCUGAUAAUGAGCAAGAAGAUUGCAACGAGACAAAUCCACAUGAAGACACUUCAGACAUCAUUCGCUAUCGAAUGUAUGUAAAUAGCUUUCAGCUGAGGAGAAAAAUGAAUGAGUCUGUUUGGUCUGUGGAGUCUCUGGCUCCCUUUAUCCCCACAAAGGAAAAUCUACUGCAGAACAGCACAUUUGAGCCCAAAGUCAUUGUUGAGAUGACGGAGGAAGCUGACAACAGUAAAUCGUCAACCCAAAAUGACAUCCUAACUGUCAAAGCAGGUAAAGAGAGGAGGCAGACUCGGAGAUGUUCCUCUUCUGACUCUGUCCUGAUGUCAGACAGCUGGCUCCUCUUCAGCACCCCAGCUCAAAAGCUCAGUCCACCCAAGAAGCCAGAACUAGAGAGUGAAAUUGACUCCUCAGAAGCGUGGACACCAAAGCAAGACCAGAGCAUGGCUCCUUCGGAAAAGGAUCCACCAACCUCCAUGACUCCCCUGCCGAGUAAAUUAAUGUUGUCUACCACCACUGAAGAGGACGCUGACAAAAAUAGGUCUUCUGAACCUGAGGCUAUUCAAAGCCCAAACCAGGUAUGUGUAAUUGUAAAUGAGCAGCAGGAGAAAAGCCCCUGCUCUCCUUUGCAGGAAGAAAUUCGCCUCUUGAACUCUGCGGCAGGGGAGAACAGGUCACCUAGAGGCCAAACUGGAGUGGACGUGGAGGGAGAGGACCAAACAUGCAGGAGCAAACAGGUCAGUGAGUUGUUUAGGGAGCAACUGUGUGUCCCGAUGGCUAACCAGGAACUGGCCGAAGUGUCUCCAUCAAAGAAAAAUUUAGUGGACUUUGGGGUCCAGUUUAGUGGAUGUCAUUGUCCAUAUGAAGAGAUGAAGAGCAGCAUGGGGCCAGAUAGAAGGCAACAAUUUAAAUAUCCAGAUAUGAGGAAAGCCAACAAUGGCCAGGCUGAUGGAUUCGGCAUGAGGGGAAACAAAAACCAGAGGAGGGGUCACUGGAGAAACAAGGGUCAAGGUGGAAAUGGAAGGAACCCGCGGUACUGAGCACUCAUGACACUUGACAACUUUUGGUUUUAAAGAAUCAAUUUAAUAUUAAAAUGAAUUUGUAUGAAAUAAACCUAUUUUUCAAUUAA